UUCGGAUGUGACAUAUAGAAAUGCAAAUGAAUAAGAUUUGUGAUGGAGAUUUACCAGGAACUCUUCAGUACAAGAGGCAGGAUCUGCCCAGGUGUUUUAACUGUUUACAAGAUCACCACAGUCUGUUUAUCUGACAAACCAGUGAGUGAAUGUGAAGCAUCAGUGUCCAUUGAGCAACCAUGAGCAACCCUUACUACGACUCGAGCAACAGCUCGAGCGACAACUGCACCAAUGUGGACGAUCUAGUGAAGCGCUACUAUCUGCCCGCCAUGUAUGGAGCGAUCUUCAUCGUAGGCGUGGUGGGGAACAUCAUCGCACUGCUGGUCUACGUGGUCAAAGUUCGUCCCUGGAGGAGCAGCACCAUCAUCAUGGCGAACCUCGUCAUCACCGACCUCCUCUUCAUGAUCUCCAUGCCCUUCCUGACCUACUACUACGUCUCUGACGACUCGUGGACGCUGGGCGUCAUCAUGUGUCGCUUCACGCGCUUCAUCUUCCACUUCAACCUCUACGGCAGCAUCCUCUUCCUCACCUGUCUGGCCAUUUUCCGCUACGUGGUGGUCCUGCAUCCGAUGCAUGGACGCAUCCUCAAGCAGAAGCGUUGGGGAACGCUGGCUUGCGUCCUGUGCUGGGCUGUGGCAGUUGCAGAAAUAAGUCCGGUUUUUAACCACAUUGAAAUGGAACCACAGAACAACAAAACCCACUUGGACCUUGCGAGCAACCAGCCAGAAAUCUUGUGGCCGUAUAGUUGGGUGCUGACCGUGCUUGGAUAUCUGGUUCCUCUAAUCGUGGUUUGUGUUUGCUAUUGGCGCAUCAUGAAAGUGCUAAAGAAAGGUCCUCAUACGGGAAGCAGCAAACGGGUUCGAGCGAGGCGGCUCAUCGUGGUGAUCCUGACAUGUUUCAUCGUCUGCUUUUUUCCUUUUCACGUGCUGCGGGCUUUGAGGAUCUACACGAGACUCACUCCGGAAAGCGACUGCAUGCUGGACCGCUGGGUUCACGCCGCCUAUAUCAUCUCAAGGCCGAUCGCUGUACUCAACAUCAUUUUCAACCUGCCGCUCUAUACGUUAUCGGGGGAUUGUUUUAAACAGGCCUUCGUGGAAAUGUUCAAAUGUGAUCGAUUCAUGCCGAAAACUAAAGAGGUUGUUAAAGUAGCUGUGAUCAGCACACCUGAAAUCGACACUGUGAAGGUUCAAAGCAGCUGGGACUCUGCUGGUGAUUGAAAUGUAAACUGAAUGGAUGAGCCAAAGUCAAAGCCACUGUGAAACAGCUGAAAUAUGAAGGGACACUCCACCCUAAAAUGACUUUCUGUCAUCAGUUAAUCACCUUUAAGUUGUUCAAGAAAUGUAUGACUUUCUUCCUUCUGCUGAAUGCAAAAGAUGAUGUUUGGAAAAAGCAACACUGGACACUAUGUACUUGUUAUUUUUUACUAAAACUAUGUAAAAUCCUUGUUGUUCAUUAAAAUAAAGCUGAAAUAAAAUUGGAAAAACUUUUUUAAAAAGUUAAAAAAUUAAAAUGACUAAAACUG